AUGGUUUUAGAGGCCCUCGGCCAGUCAAGCAGAAAUGAGGUGGAUCUUGAAAGCAAGCCCCGUCUUCAGGAAAACAUCAACAACAACAGACCUCCAAAACGGAUAAAACAUGUUCAUUUACACAAAUCUACGGAUAAUAUUAAGGGGAUAAUAGGAAAGAAGUCAGAGUCAGAAAGUGAACAGGAAGACUCCCCAUCUUUUGCAGAUAAUGGACUAUACGCAUCCUUGCCACUACCAAACGACCAUGAUACGGCCAUAAGGGAAUACACAGCUACAGAAAAAUAUCGCAAGUCUAUAUAUGUCGAAGCUUUCAAUCUGGCACUAGAUACAGUAUUAAAAGAUGAACUGCACUUGUUCUCCGAUUCCGAGCAAGAGAUUUUUGCGAAGUACCGGUCCUUGGAAUAUGAGCCUCAGUUCCUAUAUAUUCGUUUGUUUCUCCGCAAAACAUCGGCUUGGUUUCGUGUAAGGAAGCUUGGCUACUACAACGAUAUUUCCGAUAUGUCUUCCGCGUGCAAAACACUUCAAUGUGAUGAAGUUGGAUUUGCUGAAAACGAAAAGGCCAUAACUACUCUGGAAGAAGCUGUUACUCUCUUAAAUGGGGAGGAACUGAAAUUAAUCGCAAAAGAAGCAAAGGCUACUGGCUCAAAUAAGGUUGAAUUAAUGGCGGCUUUGAAAAAGGCUUCAGGUGGACAAGUUGGACUCGGAUCUAAGGGGCAACUCGGGCUUAGCUUUGACAAGAAAGGGAAUUAUGUUACUCGCGAUACGCAUUUUGUGAAAAAGACAUUGGAAAUGACUGGGCCCCUCAUCCGCCUUAAGUCAAGCGCAACAACCCUUUUUGAACGUGUCCACCUCGUGUUCUACCGUUCCUCCAAGUGGACAGAAAAAUCUCUCACUACAAUGAUUCUUGCACGAACACAACGCCGUAACUUCCCAAAUUAUAUUGUAUCUCGCACAUCCAAUAUCUUUCCUACUCGUGCCUCUCUUCUAGAUUUCGAGGAAAGCAUUAAGAUCCAAUCUUCCGUCGAUGAGAUUCUUGAAAACAAUGGUUCUACAACAAUGGAAGGCCUCGAGAAUGUGGGAACUAUUCUUGAUCGAAUAUAUGAAAAAUGGAAGCGCUUGAUCGCCGAGGAUCAGGAAAGAAAACAUGGCAACGAAGAAGAAGAACUAGAGAACGUUUAUCUGAGACGCUUCACAGCAGCUUGGGUCCUGACUCGAGUCGUUCACAAGGGUGGAUACGUUCUUGGUAGGCUCAAAGAUUAUGCACGAGAAUAUGAGGUCCUUAACGCGUUACUUGCUCAACGUGGCCAUCAUCCUGCCAGGAAAGGAGGAUGGUAUCAACGAAGAGCGCUGAUCGAAGAAAAUUACAUGGCCUCUAUCACCCCUGGCCCAACUUCAAAUACAACCUCAGAGGCGAACAAGAAAAUCUGGUUGCGGAAAGCAUUGAAAACAUGCGAGGCGGGAUUACAGGAUCCAGAGACACAUUUAAUCUAUCACUAUGAUCUACAAAAGCGGAUCAUGAAAUUAGAGCCAAGGCUACGUAUCCCGAAAAAAGAUCAACACGAUUUUGGCCAUUCUAGACUAAUACAACCUGAAAAAAGGAAAAUCAUGGGCGAGAGGGUAUUCCAAGAGAUAGAGGCCAAUGACUCGGCUAUGGGGAGGAAAACGAUUUGGAGAGACGAAAAGGAAGGCGAUCUGUUUACAGACGGAUUCUACCCCGCCCGCUUGAGUGAAAUCAACCAUCGCUUAGCUGAGCUGUCAAAUGGGGGAGCAGCCGCUAUUAUUGAGAAUAUUGAUCGGGAACAUAGAUGCAGAAGGACAUGCAUUGUUGGUUUGGAUUGGAGUUUUGCGAAAGAAGAUCUAUUGGAGAUUGUUGACUGUAUUGGCGGGGAUGCAUUGGGCAUCAUUUGUAAAGUUUUCUGCCAGGAAUACCGCCAAAGGGCAUCAGGUCUUCCAGAUCUAUUCCUCUGGAACCCUAAAAAAAAAUUAUGCAUGUUUUCAGAAGUCAAAUCCGAGAAUGAUAGAUUAGGUGAUAAACAAAGACUCUGGAUACACGUUUUGUCUGGUGCAGGUGUGAAAGUGGAACUGUGCGCGGCCGUUGCACGAAACCAGAAAUGA